AUGGAUACGAUAUCAAAGGUAGUGAACAUGGAAUCCAUAGCAGUUUCUGGAUCUCAACUCUUUCUUUCUUCUCCUAACAAUUUUUUUUCAGUAAGCAAACCCUCUUGCUUUCCGCUAACGUCACUUCCCACAAAGCCUCCAAAGUUUGUUCAUUUGAAGGCAUCAUCUACUCUGACUUGUGAUGAUCAAGGAAUUAAUCGCACCUUUAAGAAAUUGCAACCUUCUCCAUGGACGGAUCAAUUCCACUCCGUUAACGUCGAUGUCUCAGAAAUGGAUGCGCUUAGGAAAGAAAUCGAUGUACUAAAGCCGAAAGUGAAGAAGACACUCAUGUCUAACCAAGGGGUCGACUCGACAAAGAAGAGAAUCCUUAUGAUACAUUUGUUGAGGAGCCUUGGUCUUGAAUAUCACUUCAAGGAAGAGAUCGAUGAGACUCUAAAAGAGGGUUUCGAAAAGAUAGAGGAGAUGAUGGCUGGUGAAGAAGACUUGUACACAGUUUCCAUCAUCUUCUGGGUUUUCAGGAGUUACGGUCACAAUAUAUCUUCUGAUGUCUUUAGAAGAUUCAAAGGGCUCGACGGAAACUUUAAAGAAUCUCUUAAGGGGGAUGCCAAGGGUAUCUUGAGCUUGUAUGAAGCUGGGCACUUGCGGACAACGAAAGAUUAUAUACUGGACGAAGCAUUGAGCUUCACCUCAAGCCACUUGGAGUCAUUGGAUUCAUGUGGGACGUGCCCGACUCAUCUCGCAAUACGUAUACGAAAUGCUCUCACUCUAUCUCAGCAUUGCAACAUGGAGAUAGUAGCCACAGUGGAAUAUAUUGCAUCCUACGAACAAGAAAAAGACCAUGACAAGAUGCUACUCAAAUUUGCUAAGAUCAGUCUCAAGUUAGUACAGCUCCAAUACCUUCAUGACCUAAAAAUCGUUUCAAAAUGGUACAAGGAGCAAGAGUUUGCAUCUAAGUUCCCACCUUUUUUCAGAGACAAACUCGUAGAAAAUUAUUUCUAUGUGCUAGGAGUGUUCUUUGAGCCACAACAAUCACUUGCAAGGAUUGUGUGUACUCAGUGCUUCACCCUUUUCGAGAUUAUUGAUGACACAUUCGACAGAUAUGCUUCUCUAUCUGAGGCUGAAAGCCUCGCAAACAGCCUUGAAAGGUGGGCUCCCGAUCGUGACAUGGAUAAACAACCUGGUUAUUUGAAAUUAGUGCUGAACUUUAUAUUCGAUACUUUUGAAGAGUUUGAAAGAGUGCUUAGGCCAGAAGAUGUGAAAGCCACUAUAGAAGAGUUCAAGACAUAUGCAAUAGCCCAACGUCGUUUUGCAAAAUGGGUACACACAGCUCACGUGCCUAGUUUUACGGAGUACGUGGAGGUUGGUGUGGUGGAGGAUGCGGCGUAUGCGGCUAUAGCAUGUUACUUCAUGUGUCUAGGAAAUCUGGUUACGAAAGAAGCUUACGAGUGGCUAAAAUCCAGACCAAAACUCGUCCAAUCUAUAACUACCAAAUUGCGUCUUCUUAAUGAUAUAUACGGUUUCGAGGAUGACAUGGAUAGGGGAUGUGUUCAGAAUGCGGUAUACUGUUAUAUGAAGCAGUAUGGAGUUACCAAAGAAGAAGCUGUAACGGAGCUUCAUAAAAUGGCUAUAGAUGCUGAUAAGGAAAUAAAUGAGGAGUUCUUGACGACAAGAGGUGUGUCACGUUUGGUUCUCAAUGUAGCAAUGAACUUUUCGAAAAUGAUCACCCUCUGCUACAAUGGAUAUGAAGGAUUUACCAAUCCCGAAAAAAAGAUCAAGGAGUAUAUGACUUCGAUUCUUGUCGAUCUGAUCCGUCUUUGA